GCAUCGCAUCGCAUUACCAUUCACCAUGGUCAAAAUCACUGGCUUCACCACGCGGGACGUGAGGUUUCCGACCUCGCUCGACAAGACCGGCUCUGAUGCCAUGAACGCGGCGGGCGACUACUCCUCCGCCUACUGCAUUAUCUACACAGACUCCGACCACACCGGACACGGCAUGACAUUCACCAUCGGCCGCGGCAAUGAAAUCGUCUGCGCUGCUAUCUCCCUCGUGGCUCCUCUCAUCGUCGGCAAGGAGCUCGACGAGCUGACCGCAGACUGGGGCAAGACCUGGCGCUACCUCGUCUCUGACAGCCAGUUGCGCUGGAUCGGUCCUGAGAAGGGUGUUAUCCACCUCGCUCUGGGUGCUGUCGUCAAUGCUCUGUGGGACCUCUGGGCGAAGUCUCUGGGUAAGCCUGUGUGGCGUAUCGUUGCCGAUAUGAGCCCGGAGGAGUUCGUUCGCUGCGUUGACUUCCGCUAUAUCACCGACGCUAUUACCCCCGAAGAGGCGAUUAAGUUGCUUAAGGAGGUUGAGGGUGGUAAGCAGCAGCGAAUUAAGGAGGCGGAAGCUAGCCAGGCUGUGCCGGCGUACACUACUAGUGCGGGUUGGUUGGGGUAUGGUGAGGAUAAGUUGAAGCGGCUGUUGAAGGAGAGUGUGGAGCAGGGAUAUAGGCAUUUCAAGUUGAAGGUUGGUGGAAACCUCGAGGAUGAUAAGACUCGGUUGAGGAUCGCGCGUGAGGCUAUUGGCUAUGACCGGGGUAAUAUCCUCAUGGUGGAUGCGAACCAGGUUUGGUCGGUCCCCGAGGCUAUUACCUGGAUGAAUGAGCUGGCCCAGUUCAAACCCUGGUUCAUCGAGGAGCCCACCUCCCCCGACGACAUCCUCGGCCACGCCGCCAUCAAGAAGGCCCUCGAAAACACACCCUAUGGCACGGUGGGUGUCGCCACCGGCGAGAUGUGCCAGAACCGCGUUAUCUUUAAGCAGCUUCUGCAAGCCGGUGCUCUGACCGUGCUGCAGGCCGAUGCAUGCCGUGUCGGUGGUGUGAAUGAGGUUCUGGCUAUUCUGCUGCUGGCGCGCAAGUUUGGUGUCCCGAUCGUUCCUCACUCUGGCGGUGUUGGUCUGCCCGAGUACACGCAGCAUCUCAGCACAAUUGAUUACGUUGUUGUCAGCGGGAAGAAGAGUGUUCUGGAGUAUGUGGACCACCUGCAUGAGCACUUUGUUCACCCGUCUAGUGUCAAGGAUGGAUACUAUGUUACCCCCAUGGAGCCCGGCUACAGCGUUGAGAUGAAGGCGGAGAGUAUGGAUGCCUUUGCGUUCCCUGGUGAGAAGGGUAAGAGUUGGUGGCAGUCUGAGGAGGCUAAGACCAUUAUCGACGGACCUCGAGUGGUUUAA